AAAGUGUCCGGAUUCGUGUGGACAGGGCUUCAAAUGCAUCACAGCGUAACGUUUGGCAAGUUUUAUCACGUGUCGUGCAUGCCGAGAUGAGAUGCCCAUGUCCGUGGUUAUAAACAAGUCGCCGCUGGAUUCAGUCGCGUUGGGGUCACGACAACAACUGCAAGAUGGGCGCCGCCAAGGAACGCGAAACCUGGACCAACACUCUCGACUUUGUGCUAGCAUUAAUAGGAUUUUCUGUAGGACUUGGUAAUAUCUGGCGAUUCCCUUAUCUUUGUUAUAAGAAUGGUGGAGGUAAGUGUAUGUAAAUAUCACGUAGGUGUGGACGGCUUAACCUGAAAAUAUAGGGCCACGUUAAACCAGCAACCUCGCAAACCGGCUUGUUUCAGACGGUUGGGUCUUCUUUGAAGCUUAAAGUAACGACCAGUAACUAUGUAGACUUAAAUGCUUCAUUGCAAAGCCAAACGAGCCUCGAGAAAGUCACUGUUAAGACAAACAAGCGAGACUUGUAGCGUAACUAUAUAUUUCUCGUCUCCAAGAAAAACCCACGUCUUGAGAAUGUACCCGUUACCAGGUUUAAGGUCUUUAAACAUAGGAUGGGAAACGACUGUAAGGCUUUUCUCUCAACUGAGAAUAACUUGCAGCGAGGGAAAGGUUUUGUACGGUUUCUGCAGGCUACUCUUAGCUUUUGAAUAUCUAAUGGGGAGUAUUAAUUAUUUCAUUGUUUAUCGGAGGCCUUGUUGCUUACUGGAUGCCGCUAGAGUUUCUUUCCUAACAGGGUCCACAACUCCCUCCGGCGUGCAGUUGUUUACGCCUGUAGCAGUAAUAAAACGGAUAUAACAAGAACAAAAAGCACCUUUGUUCGCAUUGCGUUUGUAAUAUUUUUGUUCAUCACCUUGUACUUUGUUUCCGUUUAUUGUAAAUUGUACUAUUUCAAAGGUGGCGUUUAACGGUGGUUAUACGGGGUAACGUUUCAUUCAAUUCAGUAGUUGAUCGAGGGUAAGCUUAAUUAAGAAAAUUACUCCAGCAUGAAGUCCCGCGUUUUAGAAUUUGCAUAUCUGCACUUUCAGUUUGUUUUGCAAACUGAAUAAUAUUAAUAAUGUUUAGGUUUUUAAUAGGUCAUCUAUUAAAACGCGAUUUGCAACAGGUGAAUGAACCCUUUAAUAAAUUAUUUGUCAGAAGUUUCCUGAAAAAUUACUUUAACAGAUAUAGACAAUACUAUUCGUAUGAUCACUGGUCAUUUUGUGUAUACCGGUAUACCGCGAUUUGCAUGUCAUCAAUAUCAAGCAGGAAAGGGUUGUUUACAUUUUGCUAACACUGAACAUUUCAAGGGCUUUUUUUCUCUCUUUUUUUUUAAACCCUUGCACAGCGGAAACAUGUUUUCUUUGCUUCUUCGUUACUCUCUAACUGUAUGAGAAGCAGGAUUCUUUCAAAUUAUUUAAACCAGAUUUUUUAUCAACUUUUUUUUUCAAAGGUAGCCCGAAUGUAAAUUUUCAAUUUCUUAAUCUUUUAUUUCUAUAUUUAAAUUUCUAUUUUUGUGGCUUGAUCUAGUGCUAAUAAGGCAUAAAUUGGAAACCAGUUUAGCUCUCCCUUCUGUGGCCCAGUCUUUCUGGUUUCUCCUUUUGACAUCUCAAGUUCGAGGUUUUUCCUGCCGCGAGUAAGAAGUAAACCAACAGUUUCUCAAGCUGGACAAAACAGGGUCUUCCAAAAAUGGUAAUUAGCACAAAUUUUGACUAUUAGGGUUUUUAAAUAGGUUCUUAUUUUUUUUGGAAGUGAAUGGAAAAUAGUGCCAUUCAGCCUACUCCUCACAAAAACUUUGCUUACCAGUAAAAAGGACCAUAAUAAGGAAAAUUUGCCUCCUUCAGAAAACCCAUUUUAGUUAGAUUUUAGGAAAUAAGAACCUGUUUCAAACUUUAGGCUAAACGUGUUUUUGUAUAGAGGGGGUCUAAAUGGUAAAUUUUAGUCUAACCGGCUCUUAAGAACUACCUUCUUACUUGCGGGGUAUCUCUUAAAAUGUUAUUAUUUAAGACUGAGAGAAAAACGCUAGGUACAAAGAGCGACACAAUGUGGUCAUUAAGGUAACUUCUAGUAUUGUGCGGUGAACAUUUGUCCAUUCAAGUUGAUUGAUGUCAUUGAUGAUUACAGUUCAACUUUACAUGGGAAAAAAUAUUAGUAAUAAGAAAACUAAGCUUUCAGCUACUUUUAUCCACACGGUGUCUCAAGGCGCUCACCGUUAGUCGGAAGGAACCGUUCAGACCAGUUCUGUAGUAAGGACAAUAGGCUCUUUGCAUGACUUGAUCACGUGACCAACUUUUGGUAAACACGAAAACAGUUUACUUUUGAAAAAUUUUGUUAGCACAAGCUGAAAGAGCAUAUUAAAAUUAACUAACUUGAGCAUUUUCAGCCGUGUAUCUCAAAAGUAGCGAUUGUAACGGCCGCCAAAAGUUAGAAGCAUUUGUAUGAGAAAAAACUUUUGCUACCCAGUCACGUUUGCAUGGUUUUCCAUACAACUCCUUGUAAAUUCUAAAACUUUUAAACUGUCGUUAAAUCUUUCCAAUACGAAUUUAAGCGAUCAAAUUGCGUUUUUGAAUUAAAAGGAGAUUUGAGCCCUGUAAUGCUUAAGGAAAUAUUUCAUUACAGUUUUGAAAAUUUCGAAAUUGCAAGGAUUUGUAUGGAAAACCAUGCAAGCGUGACUGGAUGGCAAAAUUUGUUUAUCUCAUACAAAUGUUUCCAACUUUCGGCGGCAGUUGCAAUCGCUACUUUUGAGAUAUACGGCUGAAAAUUCUCAGGCUACCUAAUUUUAAUAUGCUCUUUCAGCUUGUGCUAACAAAACUUUUCAAAAGUAAACUGUUUUCGUGUUUACCGAAAGUUGAUUACGUGAUCAAGUCAUGCCAAGAGCCUAUUUUACUACUAAUCAAAACUGUCCAGCUAAGUCGGUUUAUUUAAUGGUGUACGCUCUGGUGAUGGAUUUUAGCAAACUUUCUUCAAAAAGCCCUUUUCAUUUUCAAAGGGACUGGUGCGGUCAGUCUGUUCUGUCUCUCCGUCAGCGCCUUCAGCAUUCAUUAUACGUACCCUGCAUCUGAAUAGGGCUGCACUGAAUACACAUUGUGAAGAGGACUGUAUAGUAGUAAUUUAAACUAAUUCUGUUCACGACCCGAUUACUUGCGGGAGCGUUUUACGUUUAAUUUGUUUAAAAUUUCUUACGACCAACUCGAAGUCUUAAUUGCGGCUCGAGUCUAUCUAUAUAUUUGGUGGCCCUACAAAAGAUCGUUAUCAUUACCUGGGGCAAAGCCGCCCAAACACUUUGCAAUUUACAUUUGCUUACAAAAUAUCACGCUCGUUCUCUGCCUUUUUGUUUGUCAAACAGGGAGUCGUUGAUAUUCAAAAAAGACCUUUUUGUCAUUAAAUCAAUUUUGUAAUUGUGAAGAAGAUCUUCUGCCAACUGGGCUAAAAAGCUACUGACGCGUGUCUUUUAACAUGAGUCGAUGACAGCAAUGAAAUCCAUAAAUUUAUAAUGAAGAUGCUUUUAAAAAGGCUUUAGACAGUAAACAUCCAUGGUCGACGGGUCUUGAGGAAAACAGAGGGAUGUACCCCUGUAGAUGGAAGAUGAAAAGUAGAGUAAGAAACGAGGGAGUUUCGGUUUUUCUCACUUUCUAGGAGUGCCUCCUAACCCUUUUGUUUUUGUUUUUUUUCCAAGGUUGUUUUCUCAUCCCGUAUUUUAUUUGUCUGAUUUUUGCUGGGGUGCCCAUCCUUAUCUUGGAAGUGGCGCUGGGACAGUUAACUAGUCAAGGAGGAAUAACAGCGUGGCUGAUAUGUCCGCUUUUCCAAGGUUUGUAUACAGUUGUCUGAUUAAAGGAUUAGUAGAACUUACAGCCAUUGAAACACAGUUCACCAUUUUUUUAUUAAAAUAGAUUGCGCGAUUUUAGUCGAAAAAUCGUACCAUGUUGAAAACUGUCUUAAAAUUUGAAAAUUGCUGGCUUGCAGCUAACCUCUUCGCUGCUAUGUUGGUCGUCAGGACCAAAAAGCGUUGCCGCAAAGGAGACUGAACUCUUGUUUAGUGCAAAUUCUGUGCAAGAAAAAAUUGGAAUGUUUGUUAAUCAUAAUGAUCGCCUUGCCAAGUAGUUCCCAGACGAGAGUGGGCUAUUCAAAAUGCUGAACGUUGCUGAACAUAAUUGAUAGACAGUACAGUGGUGAGACAAGCUCUAACAAGAUGGAACUUCAAGAGAUGCAGCAUUUGUUGAUCAACAAUUAUUGAACCGUAUUAAGGUCAUUGCCGUUAUUACAGCAACGGUGAAACAAAAUGGUACUAACCGGUAGGAUAGAUUUGCUAAACGAUACCUGUGCAAGUGUUUUUCACAUUUUUGUAAAUUUCCCUAUCGUUCUCUUCAGGACAAAAAUGUCAAAUGAUUUAAUUCAAGUGGAGAACUUUAAGUUAAGACAGAUGCUUAAACAUUGUCAAUGACAUCUUUAACGAAAUAUCAAACAUAUUCCAGCAAUUUGAAAAUAGAUUUGAAGAGUGAUAAAUUAAUGCUCAUCCAAUAACUUUUUUCUUAGAGUUUUCGGAGCUGUUGCCCUUAUGUGUUACCCUAUUUUAAUUAAAUAGCGCCGCAUUUGCACGUGACGCUGUUUAAAUCUUGUUGGUUAUUUUAAAAGGAUUAAGACGACGACGGCAGUGAAAAAGACCACCCUCUCCCCCAAAAAAACAAGAAAGGAUUUGCUUUUUUUAAAACUUAAUCGCGUUUCUUUAGCGUCGCUCAAUUUGUCGCAUUUAGGGGAAUUUUCUGAAGUUGAAUUCUUGAGGAUUGUAUCCAAGUUGAAACAGAGAAAGGAGAAUUUGUCGUCGUGUGUUCACGUUUUACGUCGAAGUAGAGUAGUGGAAGUUGAUAAAAUAAUGUACCAAAAAGCGUGAUGCACUAUCAGAGUUAGUUUUCGUGGUAACAGAGUCACAUGAAAACGUUUUUUUUUUUCUUUUUGUCCAAAACAAAUGAAAAUAGUGUCGAGAGAACCUAAUCGAAUUAGUUUAAAAGCUCUACAUGACACCAGGCGGCGCGGGUCUGGUUAGAUAAAACGUCUGAUUCAAGUUGAAAAUUUCGCAAAACUGAAAAUAAGCAGGUUAAGGCUGCCCUGAACGAUCCUUACUGGUAAAAAAACGAGAAGCAGUCGGACAAUUAAAAGGGAAACUUGUGACGUGGCACAAGUUAACGCUUGCCGAAAAGGAGACUCGCAGUUGCUCUAUUAACAGAUAAGAAGAAUAAGACUGUUGCAUCUCCUAACUAGUUUUUUAAGUUUUCAUUAGUUAGGGAUCCUUAAGAUCCCCCGUUCCAAAACGCUGGGGUCCUGUUUGCUUUUCUGGGGUCCCCUGCUUAUUACUAAAAUAUAAUUUUAACUUGUUCAACAGAGAAGUGGAAUAAAGUGUGCCCCUCGUGUUUCCUAACACCAAUAACAGAUCUUACAUUAGUUUACUAGAGUCUCAGGUAGACCUUAUUAAUAUAGUUAUAUGUCAUUAUAUAUAGUUAUUAAUAUAGUGAUUUGAAAACCAUUUACAAUAAGUCACAGUCAAGUGUCAUUCUUCAGGUCUGAGCUACCAUUGGCAAUCUGUGAAUUAAAAAUUAACGCCACAGAAAAACAAUAAGGAAAAAAAUUCGUGAGUGGACGACCUGUCUCUUAAUUAAAAUAAAUAGACUUAAAACAAACCUGCAAAUCAAUCAGGGCAUUGAAUUUCCUGUCAGGAAUUUCCUCUUCCCCCAUGACAAAAGCCGUCCUUACCUCAAUGCCGUGCUUUCCUUCUCUUAAAUAUGGCGCACAACAGUCUCGUGAGAUCUUCUUUGUUUGGUGAAACUCAUAGCCACAAUGUGAUCAUUACCACAUUGAUGUCGUAUUAAACUUGAGCGCUGGAAAUUAUUUGCUCCAUGCACAAAAUUUUGUGAAGGUUUAGGUUUACAGCCAUACGCAUCGAGACAAAUUUUGGGUUUACCUCGGUGUGAGAACUUGAGAACUUUUUCAUUGUUUUGUACCUUUUGUUUUUCUUGGUUUUAUUGUGUUGACUUCUUUGUUUUAUUUAUUUUACGUCACCGGUGAGUUAAACAAGUUCUUACACCAAGGAUGAGCCCGAACUUUGCGCUUCAUUUGUUUUUCAGUGGCAACAAAUUUUAACCAUUGAAACUCCUCAAGCUAUUUACGACAAAAUUUGCGUUUCUUCACGUGGGUAUCGUCCCCCUGAUCUUUAUGUCAUUAAGUUUUCCCCGAUGUUGAAGGCUAAACAAUAUCGAAUAAACUUUUGUAUAGACAUGACCCGACGAGUGACAAAAUGGCGGCUCGAAAGACAUGCCAUGGUGAUCGCAAAGAUUUUUGGGUAUGCCACUAUGACAAAAAAAACUGUGCGUCCUUUUCAUUUUUUGUGCGUAUAUGAUGCACACCUCUGCGUUGAUGGGAACUCUGAUUGGGAUCACAAAUACUAAAACUUGUUCUUGUUUGGACGAAUUCAGCGCAUCAGUUUAUAUUUAUUUACAAAUUAAAGCGGACUCAUUAUACAUAGUUUUUUAUACAAAGGUUUUUUUUUUCUUUUUCACUCCUUAGGCAUUGGUUGUGCUAGUGUAAUUAUAGUCCAGUUUUUGAACAUUUACUACAUUGUUAUUCUGGGCUGGGCUCUGUUUUACAUGUUUGCGUCUUUCACUUCUGUUCUUCCCUGGUCAACGUGUGGAAAUGAGUGGAACACCGCAAACUGCGUUGAAUUCACUACAGCGACCAAUAGCACUGGAGAGAGUGUGAACAGAACCAUAGCAAACAGCACAGGUGUAAACGCAACCUUGGGGAAUGCCACUGUUUUACCAACGAUCAUGGCAAACAUGUCCAACGUCUCAACAACGCCAACUGCUUUAGCCAAAGCUGCAAAGGUUUCUGCAAGUGUGGAAUAUUGGGAGUAAGUUAUCUCAUUCUCGUACGCACUCGUAAAGCUAAACUUUGGAACCAACAAUAAUCGUACAAAGAAAACAUCUACUGCAUUCUUUACUUGCUUCGUUUGUAGUUUCAUACAUGUUUUAUUGUAUGGAUUUAUAUUGAGAACCUACAUGUAGGGUUAACUGAAUGACUGAGUGGGUUGAAGGCGUAAGGAGCAGUAACUAGGGCGCCGUUAACGAAGAUUGGAAAAAUUACCCGCACAGCUGUAUUAGCUAAGAUUAAAAUUUGUCAUGAUCCGGGUGGCAAUGUCAUCAGCAACGAAAUGACGCCAUUACCAAUUUAAUUGCUGUUUUUCUCGGCACUGGGGACGUUUUUUUCUAAAAUAGUUUUGGGGGAGCUUUUUUCCCAUAUAGCUGCCUGGAUGUUCGCGAAGUUUGAGUAAAAUCUAUGCAUUUGAAAUAGGCAGACAUGUCAGCUGUUGUUUUCCAUAAAAAUAUAAAACUUGGAGACAAUAAACCGGAAUAAUGAGAGGCUUUUUAUUGUAAACACGAAACUUCUGACACAUUGUAACCGUUAUUUCAUUGUUUAAAAGUUAUAAUAAUCUUGACACUCAAAGGUCGUUUAAAACAAUGGUUAAUCUUGAGAAUCUCAAAUUGAAAAAAAAGAUUCUAGCGGUUUCAAAAUUAUUCGCUCAUUUGUGCAAGUUGACCAAACUAUUAACAAAAAACGCCAAAAAUAGCACUUCAGUGUAUAAUAAUCAUAUCUUUCUUUCUUGCGAGUAACUAAUGCUAUCCUCAUGAUCUUUUCAACCACCUUUUAGAAGUUAAUAAAACUACUGUGAGGUAAAAUUGCAUUUCAAAAGCGCUUCGUUUUCUAAACGUAACGACCGAACGUCAAGAAAGUCCAGUUUAUUGCUGAAUUUCCAGUAAGAAAAGGCGUUAUUUCGUUGCCAUGACAACUCCAAUGUCAUUGUAACCCUGACAUGAGAAAUUUUAAUUUGUUUCUAAUAAAGUUAUGGUACUGAUUUUUCCAGGUCUUUGUUAAUCGCGACGUAGAUAAUACACAAACAUGGGAGAUAUUGACCCUUAAAAAAAAAACUCCGUGGAGUUACCUUAAUAGUACACAUGGCUGGAGAUAUAGGCACUACACAAAACGAUUAGUGAGACAAGUCUUACAUGUAUGUGCUCGAACUAUUUUGUACUCCUAUUCGAUUUAAAAUUUUCCCUAUAAGUGUGACAAAAAACGUGUACUAAAAAUCAUUUGCUACCUUAUCUGGAUUUCAGGCUCAGAGUAUUAAAGAUUGGUAACGCUCUGGACGAACCAGGAACUGUGAAUUGGGACCUGGCUUUGUGUCUGCUGUUGGCUUGGAUCAUCUGUUACCUCUGCGUUUUCAAAGGAGUAAAGUCUACAGGCAAGGUGAGGGAUUUGGGAAAUGAUGAUACACUGUUUGGAGUAUAUAGCUCUGCAUGUAUCACGAGUUUCUUUAAAGAGUUUUUUUGGCCAUAAAAUAACACUAAAUACCUUUUCUUGUUGGACGUAUACAUCUGAUGGGUUAAAAACCUAUGGUUUAUUGUGCCAGUAAACUCAGAAAACUUAAAGUUAUUUCAUAUUCGGCUGAUGAUUUACAAGGUUUUCUCGUGUUCCCCCAACAUCCCGGGUGGGUUUUCACGCUGGUAAACCCAUAGAAAGUGUGGUCUGUUGCUUAAAAAGACCAUGAAAAUGACGUAACAUGUCACGCAGUGCCGGUUGUCUUCGUAAAAAAAUAAAUGUUAUUGUAAACAACAAAUCGACCACAAUUUUCCAUGGUCGACACUCUUAUAGACCAGAGAAUUGACGCCAUAAAAUGCUCAAAACUUUGCAGUGUAACCAUUCGCCUGCGGCUUGUGGUUCCACUUGAGUUUUGAACAUCUUAGACGUCAUUUCUAUGGUCUUUAAGAGUGUAGACCAUGGAAAAUUGUGGUCGAUUUGUUAAAUAUAUGUUCUGAGGCCUGUAAACUAGUAAUCAUCUGACCAAUGCACAUAUUUGCCAUUGGUUUCAUUUUCCAACAUCAUGUCUCGGUCUGUUACAGGUUGUAUAUUUCACUGCAACUUUUCCAUAUAUCCUGCUGACAAUUCUUCUAAUACGAGCCGUCACCCUCCCUGGUGCCUCUGAGGGUAUUAAGUUUUAUCUUACUCCAAAUGUGACCCGACUUAAGGAUGGCCAGGUGAGAACAUACAAAUAGAAAGCUUAAGUCCGCGGAAACGGAUCGGCCAGUACCGUACGCAUGCGCACACGAUUUCACAUAAGUUGCUUUGUUCACGCAUAUUUGAGUCGUCUGUAAAGAACGAGAUCCGAAAGCCCUUUAGCGGGUGAUAAACCAAUCCCUUAAGCGUUAAUUCAACACAACAGAGGUUUUGAGUGAGAUUGGUGUACGUGAAUGCUGCCUUUGUUUAUGGUAGUGAUAGUUUAGAGUGAAGUUAAACGCAAACGUCAGAUGCAAAGUUGAGAAAUUCUCAAAAUAGAGAUUCUCAAUUUACGGGGGAAAGUGGUCACGUGGUACUAAUUCACGUUUGACGUAAUCGUGACUCUAAUUUUCUCUAGUAUAGCUGUACGUAUACGUAAGGAACAUACUUUUUUACGGAACCUGAUUUUUAUUUAUUUUUAUAACAUAGCGCGCGUGCUUGCCCUAUAUAAGUCCUAUUGAGCCGCUAUGAACAAAAUCUUUAUUUACGCACGCCCGUGCGUAAAUAAGAUGACGUAAGCAUUUUUUUUUUACCUGGCUGCAAAGUUGUCGUCUUUUAAGCUGCAGUGCAGUUUUCCUUCUCUUUAAAAUAUGGAAGAAACCAGCGAAGAACUGCCCAAUUUUUCUAUCGGCAUUGACCUUUUAGGUCCUGAUCCAACAAGCAGCAAAAGUAGAGCCGAAUUAAAACAAACUCACUUGUUGCGCGUUUCGCAAAUUUGUCGGAAGACCAGCUGCAGCACAUUUUGGCCGAAAAACAUUCACUGGGAACAGAACAGACACCAACUGGUCAUCAACAACAUUAAGAGGUUAAAUUUCCGUUUUUAUUGUUGUUUUUAAAUUUGUUACGCACUUUUGUUAUCUCUGGACAAUCCGACUGAGGCAGGAAGAUUUCACUCGCAAUAACAACACAAAUUACACAAGAAGACAUAAAUUUAUUACUCACAAAAACAACUGCUGCUAGGUCUUCUCAAGAAGCCGUAAUGACCAGCCAAUGUUUGUAAAUGAAUAUGAGUUUAAAGAAGGAUGACAGUCGUCUUCACUAAAAACAUGUUUUCUGGAUUUCGCCGAGCAAAACGUAACAUCUUUUCAGCAAAUCCAAACCAUACUCCACGACUUCUUACGAACAUGUUAGUAUUUUAACUUUAGGUGAACUUUAAGACUCUUUUACCUUUGUUUCUGCUUAGUUUCCAUUGAUCGUUAACGAAUAAAGAAGCAAAUUUUCCUUCUCAGUUUUACAGAAAAGCUAUAGAAAGAAUAUUUUCAUUCAAACUAGAUGAUUGUGGUGUGUUCGUAAUCAGCCAAUAGAAGCGUUUGUUAUUGUGUAGCGUGUUAAGAGAAUUUUGUAGUUAAUCAAAAAGCAAGCAUUUUUGUCAGCUAUGUUAUAAAAGAAUUUGCUCAUGCUUUUAGCUGUGCGUAUAUCGAGUUAUGGAUGCACUUGGGAAGUUUGGAGAGCACUCAAGAAGCUAGAGUUGCACUCGGCUAUCGCCUCGUGCAACUCUUACGCAUCUUUCGUGCUCUCCAAACUUCCCGCGUGCAUCCAUAACUCGAUAUACGCACGCUAAGCAUGAACAAAUUCUUAAUUUUAAUUGCACAGGUGUGGUUAGACGCUGGAACGCAAGUGUUUUUCUCGUAUUCUAUUGGCCUUGGAACACUUAUUGCGCUUGGAAGUUACAACAAAUUCAAUCACAAUUGCUACCGGUAAGAAAUGACACUUCAAGAUCAUCAUCGAUACCAGCAGAUUAGGCUUCUAUCUCUCUAUUCUUUAAGGCUCUGUUUCGCCAGUGACAACAUGACUGCAGUAAUCAUUUAGAACUUGCACUGGAACUUCCCAUAGAACCCUUAGACGUCCUCAUUUUCUCCUUAGUAAUCCAUUUCAAAGAUCUCUCUUAUUGUAGUCGAAAUACUAGCCUGCGUAGCUGGCAGUCAUUUUAUGGUGUUUAUGUGCCGCCUGGUUGGCUCAGUUGGGAGAGCGCCGGUCUGUUGAGCGGGAGGUCACCGGUUCGAACCCCGCUCGGACCAACACUAAGGGCUUUUAACUGAGAAGAAAGUGCUGCCUUUGUAAUAACAUCUGCAAACGGUUAGACUUUCUAGUCUUCUCGGACAAGGACGAUAAACCGUAGGUCCCGCCUCACAGCACUUACAUUUAUCUGGUUCUUGUGGGACGUAAAAGAACCCACAUCACUGUUCGAAAAGAGUGGGGGACGUAGACCCCGGUGUUGUGGUCAACCUUUACACAUCACAUCAUUCACAUCAUGGGUUGGGUGGGUACAGUAAGCUCAUAAAUGGACUGAGAGCGGCUGCAAGUGGCGCCUUUGUAUGCUGACGUCAGAGCUUAGUACCUUUGCACUUUCUUGUGCCCUUCUAACUUAUUUUUCGUUCUGGUUCAGGGAUAGCAUAAUAUUCGCCUGUGUAAACAGUGGCACGAGUUUCUAUGGUGGGUUUGUAAUUUUCUCCGUGUUGGGCUUUAUGGCGCAAAAGCAAGGCGUAAAAGUAGAGGAUGUCGCCAAAGGAGGUAAGAAUGAAUACGGAUACUACCCAAGAAUCAAUGGGAUAUCGCCCUAAUUAUACGGAAAUCUUAACGCAUGUCAACUUCUAUGAAACUUAUAAAAAAUUUCUUGGACUAUUUAUGCCAGUUGCUUUGUAUCCAUGCAUUUUAGCACUUUGCUUUUUUGAAUUCACCAAGGCAAGAGAGGAUAAAGCUCUUGACCAAGGUCAUUGUAAAAAGGUCUUUGUACAUUAUAAUUUUGUUUCCCCACUAAAAUGCUCCACCUUAGCGCUCCAUUUUUCCCACGAAAAAGAUUGGUCCCCCCUCUCAAAAAAAAAAAAAUCACUAAUGCUCGAUAAUGCUCAUCAUAGAUUUUAUUAGUGCUGAACGUUUUAAUGGGGUAAGGCUAACCAAAAAUGUAUAAUUGGUAUGACAACAAUGUAUACAGGUAAAAUAGUUUUAAUACAGCAAAAAUAUGUUCAUCUACACGGCUAUAUUAAGGUGAAAUUUGAAUCCUUCUUUAGAAUUUGGAGUUUAAGUCGUUUCUCUUACAAUUUUUAUUUUUUGUGAGAAAAAAUAAUAAUUUUCCGCAAAAAUGCCGCUAAAAUGCUUGAAUAAUGCUUGAUGCUUUUGCCUCACUAAAAUGCUCAAAAAAAUGCUAGCAUAAUGUACACAGGCCUAAUUAUAAAAAGUGUAAUCUUGUUCCAUGUUUUAAGGUGGCUCGAUGGGGUUUUUCAGGGUCAAUACCUCCCAAGUUUGAGCAUAGACUACGUCUCCAUUAAUUAAGAUUUGGAAAAAUUACCACCACAACUGUCUUAGAUAAAGAUGAAAUUUGUUUUGAUCAGGGUUACAAUAACAUCGGAGUCGUUAUAGCGACGACAUGACGCCAUUACUUAUUUUACUUUUAUUUUACUCUUAUGAUUCAGGGGUAUUGUCUCCAAGUUUCAUUCUUGAGUGAACAGCAUUAACUAACAAUGAAUUUGAAAUAUUGUUGUCCACGAAAAGAUGAAACUUGGAGAUAACAAGUGAAUAAUGAGACUCUCAGUGUAAACACGAAAUUUCCGACAAAAAAAUUACCGAAUUGCAGACUUUAUUUUACUGCGUUACAAUUUAUCAGUAAUCUUGAAACUCAAAGGUCUUAUAAAACGACGGUUAAUCUCGGGAAUCUGAAAUUUUCAAAAAAAAAAAUCGAUCGAGCGGUUUCAAAAUUAUUUGCUUAUUUUUUUUAAGUCGACCAAAAUGUUUACAAAGCCACUACCGUAUUUCUUUCCAUAAAAACUUCAUCCCAAAACAUCUCGAUAACGCUCUUAUAGAUUUCGCCUAAACUUCACGAACGUCGGGGCUGGUAUUGGAAGAAAAAGCUCCCGUUGGAAGAAGAUUUCCCAAUGCCAAAAAAUAUGGCUGCAAGUAAAAUAAGUAAUGACGUUAUUUCGUUGCCAUAUCAACUCCGAUGUCAUUGUUAACCUGAUCAAAACGAAUUUUAUCCAGACACCUUAAGGAGGUCUUGAUAAAUAUAUCACUAUUAAUAAAUUCACUUCCAAUACUCGGAUACCAUUAUGAGAGAAGAAGUACUUUUUUAAUGGGGAAAAGGUUUGUAGGUUGAUGAUUAGAUUAGAUGCAUGUUGCAGAUUUUUUUAGAGGGGAAAAUUACCUCGGGACCCUCGGAUAAUUCGGUCACGCUGCCUCCUUCCACUCCGACAAGGUGACUGCUUCCAUAAGCCAUUUGCACUUCGGCGUCAUUUUAGAACCUGACAUCAGGCCCAAUUUUAGCAGUUCUCGUACAUUCUCUCUUACGGUCUCCCGCUAAAAUUGAGCCUGAUACAAAGCCUCACAGGCUUGUGCUCACUGAGGCCAGAUUUUGGCCUUAACGCUGAUUGGCUGUUAGAACAAUGCCAUAGGACCUAUAUUCAAUAUUUAUUUCCGGUAUGUCCUAGGUCCAGGCCUUGCUUUUGUCGCCUAUCCAGAAGCAGUUGCUCAGAUGCCGUUGGCUCCUCUCUGGUCGGUUCUAUUCUUCUUUAUGGUCUUCCUGUUAGGGCUUGACAGCGAGGUAUGGAACAUUUCCAAACCAUGUAGUAUAAUGUUUUGGUUUUUUUUGUGGAAAGAUUAUUGGCUGCGAGGUUCACUCAAUACCAUUAAGCAAUCAAAAAAUAGUCCAUUAAAUCCGAAGCAAGGAAAAUAGUGAUUGUUAAUGAAGUCGAUUAUUUGUAUAUCGUUAAAUAAUUUUUGCUUCUUUGUUUGCUUUUAUUUACAAUACAGAGCCAAUAAUUUUUUUAUUAUUGUAUUUUUUUUCAUUUGUUCCUUUUUUAUGGCCUUCGCGUUUAGGCGGCAAAACAGACGUUGGCUUUCAGCGAGUUCGCGCCUCCGUCAGCCAUGUAGCGACUACAACGGUUAUUUUUAAUGGGGCAAAGAAAUUGAUUUUGUGGGAUAUUUAAGUUUUUGUUUUCUGGUUUUGUGAAUUAAGAAUAACAUGUCCAUAAAAAAUUGUCUUGUAUAGUUGAAUUUCCUUACACGUACACCUGUGCAUUCCCCAACCAAAACGUCAAAGAACGGUUUUUGCUGUAAGCUAUAGGUAGCAGUCAGACGCAUCUCAUACUUGCUUCACUAAACUAUUUUUAUAUUUCCUGAUACAAGUUCGUAGGCAUUGAAGGUUUCGUGACGGCAAUUGUGGAUCUGUUUCCUAAGCAGUUAAGGCGUGGUUAUCGUAAAGAAAUCUUCAUUGCCUGUGUAUGCAUGGUUUGGUACCUUAUUGGUUUAACCAUGGUUACUAAGGUAUGUUUUCCCUUAUAGUUAUUUUGCACCAGCAUUUAUCUAAGCCAGUCUUUUACUUCAUAAAUUGGUUAAUUUAUAUCAACCGCUUCCAUAAGCUAAUGUACGCAUCAACGUAAAUUCAAGUCAAUCUAAUAACCCGAGAUCGCUUUAAAUCCUUCAAGAAAGACAAAACAGUUAAUUUUCUGUCACAGGUAACUCUCUUCACGGGAUCUUCCCACGGCUCGGCCACUCUCGUGCAUUGUAGAUCCUCAUAAUUUCACGAGAAAAGUGGCGAACUGUCUUUCCUAUAUUAGGAGCACGUCAUCCAUUGCCCCCUUUUCCCCACAAUUAUUCUGGUGCUGAGUAAGAUUUUAUGGGUUGAGAAAAAAUUAAACUUCAGUAGUUUUUGUCUGUAAAUAGUAUAAAGAAUCCAAAUGCAGAAUACUUACAUUGUAACAGGAAUUACAUUGAACCAUGGCUGUUUAUAAUUAGUAACGUUUUCUCGAUUUUACCGCGUUGAAGCCUGAAAUCUAAUUAUCUUAAUUAGUGGUUAGAUGAUUUUAUUUUCUUUUAAUAUAUCGUCUCGCGCAUUGAGUUUAGGUUGCGUGUUACUGGUGUCGAAAAAAACCUUUAUGUACUUACAUAAGGAAGGCAUGAUCACAGGCUAGCCUUCAAACGCACUUAAAAACUUAGAAGUUUUGUUCAUGGUUGUAAAAUGACUCGGAAAAGUAAUCAAUUGUAAUGCGCUUUUGAUUAUUCUCAUAGAAAAAGCACAAGCUAGUAAUAACAUAACAUUUAUAAUGUUGUUGACCAGAAACAUUAAUGCACAGAUCACAUUCCCCCGCUAGGGAACUAACCCUAAGUCCCGCUCCUUUCUGUUACAAAGAAAGCCACCACCAAGCCCCAGUUGUCUAUCAGCUGGAAAGCACGAUCUGCUGUGUAAAUCAAUAUUCAGCGAUUGAUAUAUUAAGAAAACAAAUUGCGCUAUUCAUUGGAUAGGAAUAUUUGGUGGAUAUUGUAUUGACCGCUUUUGAAAAGCUGGGGCCAAACUUGCUCUUUGGCUGUGAAUUUCAUGAUAAUUGUUUUCUUAUGAACGCUUUAUUGAAUCUACAUAUUAGAUAUAAUUCUAAGAAAGAAUUAUAUACGUAGUUUUUCUAUUUUCUACUAUACCCGCAAACUACAUCUUUUGGAAUAAAAUCAUAACUGAAUAAAACGAAAAAGGACGAUAUAUACUAAUUCAAAGUUAUUUUUCGACGCAGAGCGAAUUAACAAUCUGACUGUUCUGGAUUCAUUAAGUUUGCUAAAUUGUAUUUGCUACUGAAAGAGGUAGUUUCUCUUAUAUAAGCUUUCUAUGACUGCGGCCUGGAUACUUCUUCAAUCAUUAUACGGGACACCAAAAUCCAACCGGUGUAAGCGUCGCCCAAACUAUGGCUACCACACUGACCUACCCAUAAUUCCACCCGAACCGUUCCUUUAGGAAUGUUUUCGCAGUAGCCCUCAAAUGACCGAUGGUGAUGAAGGUUUGGGAUACUCCCAGGCCAGUCACUGUAUACGCCAGCCUCGAUCGUCAUUGGUCCACUGCAUUCAUUUCCAUUGAAUUUGAAGUACAAUCGAAUACACUUCGCAUCACUAGACAUUCUCACAUUUCCCUGGUACGAAACUUUAAGAGCUGUAUCUGCCUUCAAUUUGUUGAAGCUGCAAUCCUGAAAUAAAACCAAAAGUAGUGAACUGCUUUCUAUUGUUAUUUUUAAUACGGCUUUGGCGGGGAGCGGAAUUAAAAGUUGAAAGUGGUAGGAAAAUUUAUCUUCCUAUAGCUGUAAAAUGUUGUUAAAAAAUCUUUAACAAAAAUCUGGGGUGUUGUCUCAUUGAGCCCGUUCCUUGUUUACCUUAAUCUUUCCGUUAUCAGUGUGGCUCUCUGAUUUCCACACACAUUGUUUCCAGUUGGUUUGUGGUACUACACUUGCUUGACUUGCUUUGACGCUUUCUCCUUUCUCUCCUUUGUCUCCUUUUCUUCCUUGAUUUCCCACGAUGCCUCGCUCUCCUUUUAUCCCCACAAGUCCCUUUUCACCUUUUAUUCCCUUGAUUCCUGGCGGUCCACUCUUCCCGAGAGGCCCUUCGCGCCCUUUGUCUCCUCUUGGACCCAGCAUUCCUUGCGAUCCUUUAUCACCGGUUUGUCCUUUUGCACCUUCCCUUCCCUGUGGUCCUUGCGGCCCCGGAACACCGGGCAUUCCCGGCAUGCCGUUUGAUCCUGGUAUGCCGGGAAAACCAUAACCCAGUAUUGAUUUCUGAAAAUCAAGGUGCCCUAGAUUAAAAGACGUCGGGGGAGGGUGGUGCGAGCUGGACCUUUUUGGUCUACUUGUUUUUCUAUUAAAAUAGAGCGUUUUCACGUGUAACGUCACAACAGCCAUACUGGAUUUCUAAACAACUAGACGGCGUUCUUUCUUUUGUUCCAAUAAAUUUGCACAGAUGGUUGCCACAUGAGUGAAAACGCACUAUACUCGAUGAAAUUGAAAAAAAGUUGUGGCAUGUGCUUGAAAACGGCGAUUUCUGAAAGGAUUACAGAAUAUUUCCCCAUGGACUGAAGGUCAGGUUUCUGUAAGUUUCGACCAAACAUUCGUGACAAUGAACUAAUAGUCACCCACCCGCCGCUUCAAUUCUUUUGUAAGAGCACAAUAGCCGGUGGUGAAGAAAGUGUGCUAUCGAAAAACUGUCGUUUGAAUUCCUAGUCUCUGAAGCAGGGACAAAAAGGUCGACAAUUGAAAUAUGUUAGCUGUAUUAUGUGAAUAUCUUUGCGGUUUAUGUGAUAGGAUAUUAACUUGUGCAAGUUAAAGAUGGCACACGAAUAACUGUGCAAAAGCCCGUACAUGUAUUUGAGUGGUAGCAAUGAGUCCAGUGGCAGGCGGCUCCCGUGCAACGUUAUUGUGAAAGUUCUUUUGAAAGGUAAAAUAGUUCUCUCUUCUUACCUCGCAUAAAUCUUUUAACUUUGCGGUGUUUUGUUGCUGAGGUGAGGUAGUUGUUCCCAGUGAACCCCCAGAAAAACAGAGAAUCAGUAAAACAGCGAAACACUGAACCAUGAUGAGAGCUGAACAAAAACACUGCGAUUAAUGAGAUCAACGCUACGUGCGCAUCAGUUAAAUAGGGAAUGUUUCAAGUUAAUCUUCUCUUCCUUUUUAGCGUUUGUUUGUUUGUUUAUAUCCUUUCUUUUGUUCUUGCGUCAUUAAUCUUCUCAGCCUCUUAUUUUAUGCUCGUGUACCUGAGAGCAGAGUGCUGAAAUUAGGCGAACAAGAGAGAUAUUACUAUAGGUAAUAGUAUGAUUAGUAGUGAUAUUUCGCAGAAAUACGACGAGUGAUAUUUGAAAACUGUUAUACCCACGAGCCGUUAAGUGAGUGAAGUUUCCGACAAUUUUGAAAUAUCACGAGUGGUAUUUAUGCCAAAUAUCACGUACAAAUCAUGCUAUUAUUUGCUUAUACUACUACCCGCAGAAAGUUUGUAAUUUUCACAUGUAGGUAUUUCAAAUUAAGCUGAAAUACCACUGCUCUAAGCCAAUCAAAUUGCUGAAAUUUCUCCUGUAGUAGUGUAAAGCAUUAUUAUUAGAGACCUUUAGAUUGCAUGGCGACGUCGACUACGAGAGCGAAAUUUGACCUAAGGUAUUCUCAAGAGAUAGGUAUCGAGGAAAGCUUCAUUUUACUUUUUGCACAAGAAAAGUUGAACAUCUAACAACCAAUAACUUUUUUCCGCCACUAAAACUUCGGCUAUCACGUUUUCCCGCCAAAAUGACUCUGGUUCACCCGCGCUCCAGUAAUUUCGUUCUCGUAGUCCUCCUCCUCUUGGGAUCUAAAAGUCUCAAGAUCUCUGUAAUAUAAACUCAAGGCUUACGCUUUGGGUUAAAUUUCCAGAUACUUUUGCUAUUCACUUUACAUACAUCACCACAGAUUAUAAAGAAAAGAGGUAAUGCCAGGGGUGUGGGGAGGUAAGGUCUGGAACCACUAAAACGAAGUUUUCACAACUUGUGAAGCGUUCACCUUGCUUGUUGGUCGGUGGUUACUGCAGUAUCUUUUCCAAAGUAAAUAUUUUAGAAGCGAGAGGCGAACCGACAAUGGAAAAUAAUCUAGUAAUAAUAUCAUGCCCAUUGGCGGAUCCAGACCUUCAGAUAAGGGGGGUGUGGGCGGUCAUCUAGAGCCUGAGAUAAGGGGGCUCGGUCUCAAAAAAAAAUUUUCUCAGCCCUUCGGGCCUCAGCUUGGUCUAAAAAGAAGGAGGGGGGGAGGGGGGGCGGGCCCCCUGGGCCUCUCCCCUGGAUCCGCCACUGAUGCCUCUUUGUUUUUCUCCCAUUCCCUAUGUGUCCUUUGGCACUCAAAUUCCAAAGGAAACCAAAACUCAAGCGACGGUCAUUGCAACGGUGUAUUUUCUUACCCGACAUCAACGCUCGAUUAGGUAUCGAUCGAGUUAGGUUACACCAUUUUUACCGAGCGAGGACAUCAGAUUACGAGAGUUGAUGCUGAUAAAUCUUCCGGAGAAAGUGUUCAGUUAAUUGGAGCUAAGUCCAUUAAAUAGAACCUAUAAGUAUGAGCUUGGCAUACCUGCAGAAAAAGAUUCCUGCUUCAUAACAUUUCAGUUCGUAAACAUAUAAUAUAAUUGCAAAAAAAUUUUGGAAAUUUGUUAUGCGUUGAAAGGUUUGUUUUUGCGGAAAAAGGACUAUAGCUAACAACAAAUGCGACCAACAUACAGGCGAUUCCGGGAAUUCUACCCAUGCGACGUUGGUAGUAGACGAGUGGUCUCAAGGAAAAGGUCUUCCUUUUUUAGGAUAAGCAGCAUUGGGGUAUCCAGAGCAGUGCAAACGCCUACAAAGCGAGGACAAAGCCUUGUCACCAUUAAACGACUCUGAUGUGAGAUUUCUGUCAAGAAAUUAUUACAUUAAUAAGGAUCGGACGAUAAACAAGUUCGCCACGACUAAUGGCAGUUUUCUGCUUGUUUGUUCUGUUUAGGGUGGUAUGUAUGUCUUUCAACUAUUUGAUGCUUACUCCGCCAGUGGUUCUGCUCUCCUCUGGGUGGCUCUCUUCCAAAGUAUCGCCAUUGGCUGGAUAUACGGUGAGAAAAAUGCCAUAUGAAAUAAAAUAACCUGGGUUUUGUUUGUGUUAUUGUCAAGUGAUGAGGUUCACAUCGUCCAUCCAUAGAAAAAAAUAUAAUAGAGUCUGAUGUCGAUCAAACAUGACCCGAAAUAAGACUGGUCAGUCUGUGUAUUUGUUUGCAACAGGAUUUUUUUCUUAUGGACACAAACAAGCCAAGAUAGCUCCAUCUUGCCUACUCACGUACCCAUAAUAAACAACACUACAUCUGCUCCAUUUUGGAUCGUUUGCACAUCUUCGAACAUGGUUAAGAAUUCAAUUUGAUUCAAAAAAAAUUUUAAAAAGAGAUAGUUUCUUCAGCAUUGUUUUAUGGAUUUAAAACGCGCUCGUGAGAGACCUGAUCAAGCUUCGCCCACUAUACCUUUCCUUUUUAUGCUGGGUCGGUUACAUAAUCUUAUUAUGCCCCACGCCCUCAGAGUGUCAUUACUGUUGAACCAUAAAAGGAAAGGAUAAUAACUUUGAUUUGUUACGUUGUGACUCUUUUUAUAUAUAUCAUCAUUCAGGUGGCAAGCGCUUCUAUGACGACAUGGAAAGAAUGAUUGGAUUUCGUAUCAAUCCCUGGUGCCGCUGGUGUUGGAUGUUGAUGACACCUGCCUUUUGCUUGGUGAGGAAACGAAUUUAAGGUUAUUCCAUAGCACUGUAUUGCGCACCCUUACCGCGCACAAUUUUCACGUGUAAUAGCGUGCGCACAUUAAAAAAUGGCGGCUUUUGCCUCAAGGGUGGAACUCCCAGAGGUGUGCACAGUAAAUCGUCAUCUUCUUUUAAACGAGCAUGGUGACAGAUCAUUUUUUGUCUUUUUAACAAUGGCAUUAAAUUUCUAAUACACACUGUAGACUUAUUCCUAGUGUAGAAAAAGAGGAAUCGUGGGGAAAUUAGUGUGUUCAAAGCAUGUACUCGUAAAUAUAAUCACAUGUAAUGAAUUAUUGCAUAUACACAAGUUGCUGCUGCUCCUUAAAGAGUAUGGGGACCCCCCCCCCCAAUAAUAUUUCAAAUUUGAAGUUUCUUUAAUAUAACUAACCAGUUGGUAACGUUUGACAAAAAUUUGACAGGAAUGACCUCAGUGAAAUUAUGAAAUUACUUCAGAAUCAUGUCUAGAUUUUUCCCUUUUGUAAUUCCGGGGCCUUUUUUGAUAUUGCCAUUCCACUCACCACAAAGGAAGUGUGUAAUCGGGCCUCGAAAAAAAAACUUGAAGUUUUGUUUGUCUUUUGGUAAGCAGCUCUCGCAUUUUCUUGCUCGUAUUAGUUAACGAUUUUCUUAGAAGAUUACUUGCUGGACCUUUGCCUAUUGUGCAAAUGAGCUUAAAAAGUUACUUGCCCAGAGAAAAUCUACUUGUCCCGGACUACUGGACGGGAAGUUUUUCAAGGCCUGUGUAGAAUGCCUCACUUGUUUGUUUUUGUUACUGCGUCGCGGAAUAUACUAUUCCGUACGUUGAAGUGAGUUCAUUUUUCCCCAACAGGCGGUCUUCAUUUUUAGUCUCGUGACAUAUUCGCCGCUCAAAUAUGACGACUAUGAUUAUCCAGACUGGGGACAAGCCAUUGGUUGGGUCAUGGCCCUUUCAUCAAUCGCCUGUAUACCAUUUGUGAUGCUGUACAAGUUUGUCACUACACCGGGUUCUUUUAAGGAGGUAAUUAUAAUCAAAUAUUUUGAUAAUUAUGCAUACAACGGAUCAUUAUACGUCUCUUGGAAACUGGCCAUCACCUCUCCCCUAAGCCAACAUUUUUCCCAAAGUUAGAAGUAAGUGUUAAUGUUCACUAUGGGGAGGGGUAGGUGGGCAAUUUCUGACCAGUGGCCAUAUAGAAUUUUAAUGCUAUAAAACGUAGAAAAUUUCGGUCAGCUUUAAAAAUUAAUGCUUUGCCUGCAACCUGAUACCUUUUUCAUAAUUCUACAGAGGAAUUUUGUCUGUGAAAAAGGUACUAAUUCAUAACCUCAGCUGAAACAGCAGUAUCCUAGUGACUCCCUUAACGAAAUUUUGAUGAGCAGAAUAACGACCUUCCAAUUCUUGUCCAGGCUCAGUCGGUUCUCGCUAGAGAAGGUUGUACAGGAUCACUAAAAAGAGCUAUGAAUUGAUGUUGCUUUUACGGAGUUGAAUUAGAUCUUGCUUCUUUCUUCAUUUGGAUUUCUUGCUUUGUUUUUCUCUCACCAGCGUUGGACCACAUUGACCACUCCUAUUUUUAAGCAUCAAUCGCCAGGUGCACAACAGAUGGAUUCCCUGGAGACUUACAAAGCCUAUGACAAGAACGUGCUCUGAAGAUUCUUCAGAGCAUUGAAAAGGCAUCGUGUGUGGUCUCUAUGGGCUCGAGUCAAUCGAGUAUCGUAGCAUAAUGAAAUUACUAUAACCAUCACCAUAUUUAGCAAUUAUUGAAUUCGGCUUUCGUAUGUUAUGAAGAAUUAUGCAGAUUGAGGAGACUGUUGUCUAAAAUGUUUAUCCGCCGAUGGUUUUAUUAUUGACUGAUUCAAAAUAUAUGUUUAAGUUCUUAACGUGCUAACUUCCUCCUAGAGUUUCAGUGGAACUUUGGCUUCUUUUCGGCACGGUUUCAGGAUAUGAUAUGAUAUUAGAGAUACUCCUCGAAAAGUAGAUAACAUCCAUCGAGCAAUAUUGUUGUGUAUUCUUGCAUUUCUUCCGUUCAGUUCUAGUCAGAAAUUCAGCUAUUUCUUAUAUUUGUUCUGUUUUUAGAUAGCCGUGAACGCCUGUUUUUUAGUUCACUCUUGGCCGCGCCAUACAGUCUCGUUUAAAAUCAAACAUACCAUCGAAUCGAUGGUAUAUUGCUCGCAUCUCCCAAAUUUGGUCAGGGCUGGUUGGUUGUGAAGAAUUAGCAGAGGAAUUGGAACCAGUCAGAGAUGGCGAAAUAUUUUGGAAUGAAUAAUAAAUAAACAUAUUCAAUAACCUGCAGUACGGAACCCGGGUUCGUUUCCUAAAAUGCCUGUCGACGUUUGGUCUCGUUACCGUAUUGUAAAUUUAAAAUGCAAACAAUCUUUAUGCGGUUACUUGCCCAACUUUGUCUUAUUAUUCUCUAGCACAUUACUGUGAAACUCACCGUGAACACCAGAAAUAUUUAUCGAAUGUUAUUGUGUUGCAAGAAAUAAGCCAAUAAGUUGAGAGAUAACUAAACCGCAAACAGCAACGGUAAUAAGUUUGUGGUUUUGUGAUUGGCCAGUACACAAUCAACAUUCAAGACAUUUUCAGGUGUUCACGUUUUUCUGAGUUUGACAGUAAAACUUUCAUCUUUAAAUGUAAUGUUUCCAAACUAAAUUUUUCAAAAAGGCUGGUAACGUUUUCGGACCUAUCCCUCACAAACCAAUAGAUUAUGUCUCAUUGGCUGAUAGUUUUAUUGCAUUGCAUUCAAAACCAGUUAAGUGUUGAAUAUGGGUGUAAACACUACAAACUUAAAACAGCUUCCCGGAACUACGCCUAAGCUUUUGACAAAGGAGUGAAAUUUCUUCUUUACGUAAGAAUAGCUUAAAAAAGUAUUCAAAUUCAAACACCGUUUCCCACUCAAAGCGGCGCUUAACGAUCACUUUCGAUGAUGGACGUGUAUAAGUCUCUGCGUUUGCUAUGGGAACAGCGUUACUUUAGCACAUCAAAAAUGGCGUUUCCCAGCCACGCCUUUGCCGUACGAAAAUGUGGAAAGUUACGACGUUCACAUCACGCAGAUCAAAGUUUUGAAUAUACCGGCUAAAAAUUUGACCUAGAUUUUGGUUAAUACACGAAUUUUUCCACCGGUCAUAAACUGGUUCGGUGACUGUGUGAACGUAGCUUUAUCCCUUCAUGGGGUGUUAUUGUAUUAACAGUCCCCUCCCCCAAUGAUAUUACUUUUCUUAUCGAACAGAAGUCCCUUCCAAUUGAUCAGGAAGGGUAAGGAUGAUGAGGCUAAUGAGUUUAAUCAUAGCCAUUAUGAUCUUAACAUGAAGGUGUUAAGACCCUACGCUGCGGCUCAAACCUGUCAUUUCCCGACCAGCAAGGCCAAAACAUUUUCCAACUGAGCUAAUCCGGCAGCAGUUAAAGAAACUCCCAAGUACAAGGAGAGACUUGAUACAUUUCUGUUGUUGUUUUCUUCGAUUUUAAUUUUCCAACUUUAUCUUUCGUCUUCAUUCUUAAAAACAUGGUAAACUUAAAUCCUUAAAAUAUAUUAUUAUCCACCGGGACUUCUAUGUGUAACCCUUGUCAGAACUAAUUAAUGUAAACAAAAAGGGCCAGUCAAAAGAACCGUUGGAUGGCAAUGAUAUCAAAUUUUACUAUGAAAUAUCUUUGCCUCUGCAAAAACGUUGAAAGUAAUAACCAUCUGCGAGGCCUUCAAUCCGUGGCCUUAGUUUCUAAUCAGGGUAUUAUAAUCUAUGACUGUGCAAUAUAAUUGUAAUUCCCCAAAUAUGAAAAAGUUUGAGAUGUCAUAGCAGCAACG